AUGCCGCCUGCUUCUGGAUCGCCACGCGAGCUGCUCUGGUAUCAUCAGAUCCGGAGAGAAAAUCGCCAUCUUCUCGAGCAAAUCAACAAACAACAGGUUGACCUGGACAAGGUCAGAAGCCAGUCAUCUGCCGACCAGAAACAAAGAGAACAGGUCCAGCAGCUUCUCUUGGACCUCGAAACAAAGCAAGCCACAGCCACCGAGCGCAGAAGGGAAGAUUUCGAGCGAGAGAAGGAGAUAUUGAAACGGAUUGGCAGACUCGAAGAGUCUGUCGAGAUGCUUCGAAGAGCGCACGAUAGUCAACCGAUGGUCACAGGAGCUGGCAGUCAGUGGCAGGUGCUUGAGCAGAGACUUGACAUGCUUGAACAACGCCAGACCACGGUCUCCGGGCAGGACAUGCAACAACUCAACUUGAGACCCGGUACUUUGUCAAGAGCGAUAAACACCCCCAUCAAGGAUCCUAUUACCAUUGUCAGCCCGCAUGUCAAUCACGGAAACAACGGAAACCGAGUAACAGAAGGCGGCACAGACGUUAGACAGGUAUCUGCAGCAGAGCAAGUUAGGGAGGGAAAGGGCAAAGAGAAGAUGCAAGCUGAACGAGAGACGUCAAGAGAGAGACGGUCAGACUUUGUUCAGAAGAAGAGGCGUCCUGGAGACAGACGUAUCCCGUUCAGGCCAACUCCUGCAGACCUGGGUUGGUAA